UUAAAUUCCAUUUCAGGUGCUUCAGAAAAACGCACACACAUUGCUAUCACUCCGGCACACCAAUGGAGACCCUAUAUCUUCUUCUCUCAUUGGCUCCUCUUUUCUUGGCCCUUACCAUCUUCGUCUUCAAAGGACGUUCCGAUGAACCCAAAAACCUUCCACCGGGAAGCAUGGGAUGGCCAAUAGUCGGAGAAACCAUAGAGUUUCUGUUCGGCAAGCCUGAAAAUUUCGUCUUCAAGAGGAUGAAGAAAUACUCCCCGGAUAUCUUCAAAACCAAAAUCCUUGGUGAGAAAACCGCCGUGAUCUGCGGGCCAAACGGCCACAAAUUCCUCUUCACCAACGAGCAAAAGUACUUCACGGCCUUCCGUCCACACUCGAUGCAGAGGAUGUUCAGGUCGUACAAAGAACCCGCCGCCGCGCAGAAACAUCCCGGCCGCGAUGAGGAAGCGAAGGUGCUGAAAUCUCCGGGGUUCUUGAAACCCGAAGCUCUGGUUCGGUAUUUGGCGAAAAUGGACGCCAUCACUCAGGAUCAGAUGGCCAAAUACUGGGAGGGAAACAAGGAAGUCAAGGCCCAUCCUCUAACCAAGACUCUCACUCUCAGCCUCGCUUGCCGGUUUUUCAUGGGAACCGACGACCCCGAGCGCAUGGCGAGGCUCGUCGGAAAUUUCGACGCUGUCACCGUCGGUAUGCAUUCUCUGAUACUUGACAUUCCCGGAACCAUCUUUCACCGCGCUACCCAGGCGGCCAACGAGAUCAGGAAGGAAUUGAGGGCUGUUAUUCAGGAGAAGAAAGACGCCAUAGCUUCCGGCGCUCCGAUGCAAGAUAUUCUGACCCAUAUGAUCCUCGCCACCGACCCUUCCGGCAAACACAUGCCCGAGGCUGAAGUGGCUGACAAAAUCAUGGGCUUGUUGACUGCUGGAUAUAGCACUGUCGCUACUGCCAUGGCUUUCUUCAUGAAGUAUGUUGGAGAGAGACCGGACAUAUACCAAAAAGUUCUUGCUGAGCAAAAGGAGGUAGCUGCGGGGAAGAAACCUGGGGAGAUGUUGGAUUGGGAGGAUAUUAACAAGAUGAAGUAUUCGUGGAAUGUGUUGUAUGAAGUUAUGAGACUCACACCACCACUUCAGGGGACUUUCAGAGAGGCUCUUACUGAUUUCACCUAUGCCGGAUACACUAUUCCAAAAGGCUGGAAGGUAUAUUGGACAGUGAGUACAACAAACAAGAACCCAGAAUACUUCCCAAAUCCAGAGAAGUUUGACCCAUCAAGAUACGAAGAAAUGAACUCAUUCCCACCUUUCACAUUUGUUCCAUUUGGAGGAGGACCAAGAAUGUGUCCAGGGAAAGAGUAUGCAAGGCUCGCCAUUCUCACUUUCGUCCACAAUGUAGUGAAGAGGUUUGAGUGGGAAAUGGUGUAUCCUAAUGAGAAGAUUAUUGGUGAUAUGAUGCCCACUCCUGAGAAAGGUCUCCCUAUUCGUCUACGCUCUCAUUAGUCUUCCCACUAGCAAUGCUUAAAUUUCUAAAUUUUCAUGCUUCUUCCUGUUUGUUGUACCUUGGCCAUAAAAGAAACAAAAAAUAUAUUAGAGUAUACGAGGUUUUUGUUUUUUGUUUUCUUUUACUUUUAUGUAAUAAUUUAAUGUUAAUAUAUGUGGUCACUCUCUACAUUAAUGAGAAGAAGUUACUCUUCUGCUUUUUAAUUGAAAA